GAAGCAAUUGACCUCGUCAGCAAGCUGAUGCGCCACGACCGGCACUUCAGGCUCACUGCGCGAGAGGCUCUUCAACAUCCCUUCUUCACAUUGCACAGCGAGCGAGAGGCUGCGGAGGUAUUGUGCAAACACAACCCUGAGUACGCAGAGCUGGAUCGGCAGGCACAGGAGAUUGUGGACCAGCUCGUGGGACACUUCACAGCCUUUGCUGCACAGCCUGUCCUCGUCCGUGCUGCCCUACUCCUGAUGGCACACGUCACCGCCUACAGCUUCGAGCACGCGCGGCCACAGCGCGUGGCCUUCUCCAAGCUUGACAGGUCGGUCAGCGGCGGGCUCUCCAUGGAAGAUUUGGAAGCCUUCUAUGAAGACAGCGGCAUGCCGAUGCCAGAGAUGCUGGAAAGUGCAUUCAGCGGUGUGGAUGUGGACGACGACGGCUACAUCACCUACAUCGAGUUCCUCUCAGCCACGCUGCCGCGCUGGGCUCGCAGCGACCGGACAUUCUGUCGCCGCGUGUUCGAGAUCCUGGACCGGAACUGUGAUGGGAUAAUUGAUGCCGCUGAUCUGGCACAGGCCUUCUUCCCUGACAAGGACGAGAAAGGCUCUGGCAUUUGCGCUGAAAGCUUGGCGGAAAUCUGUGACGGGCAGCUGACCUGGAAGCGUUUCCUGGAACUUAUGCAGCAGGACAACGAAGGGUCGAUGGACCUGGGUGAGCAGCGCUAA